UAUAUCUCUCAAAUACUUACAAUAUGUCGUUAACAUUUUAAUUUACAGAUUGGAAUUUUAGAAGACAUUCUCUAUAAACUGUAAUUUUUUUACAAUUAGAGGUUGGUUUGAAAUUCAGACCUGUGCUGAAUUAUUAGGCAAUGAAUUUGUGAGGACAAAUGGCAUUUGAGUGGCAAUGUAGGUUGUUUUAGGAUAUUGCAUUCUUGAUCAGUUUACCUGCAUGAGGUAGUAUUUACAAGAAAAAGACAACCAGAUCUGUAAUCCAGUUCUAGACUGCCGUUUUCUCAACAGCUACAGCUAUAGCAGCUACAUAACUAUGCAGUGAUCCCUUCACAGAGUACUGAAAUAGAUAAAAGGUGCUUAAGGUAAAACAGGACUAACAAACCAAAAAUAUAGUGCCUGUGAAAUAAAGAUGCUAAUAAGAUUGGCAUAUUCUAACUCUUGUUGAAACUCAGCCUGGAAGCAUAUUUCCAUAUAAAAGCAACCGCUGAAUGAAAAACAAGUGUGUUGAAUAAGUGGUAACACAACACUGCUCUUGGAUUUGUUCAUUUGCAGUGACAACACAAAUCAGCUUUAGAAUCAGCUUUAGAGAUAGGCCAUAAGUAUUGCUUCAUAAGUAAACAGGUGCUUCAGUAAUUCAGCAACAGCUGUUCUCACAACUUUGAAAGUUGAGGAGCUAUGCUGUUUUAAUUUCUCCCCUUCUCCUUAGCUCUUUUCUGAUGAUAUUUCUAAGCUAACCUCCAGGAUGUUGAAGAGACUAUAUCUCACAGAAAAACCAUGAAAGGCUUCAGAGACUGCUUUCCCAGUGAAAAGAUAAAAGUGUGUCUAGCAUCCAGGAAGUGAGAGGUAAGUUAUAAGGAAACCCAUGUCAACGCUGAAGAUUUUUCCUUCCAUGUCCCUGACAAAACUCACCGAAUUCCUGAGAAACACGGACUGUUUUUUUCUGAAGUUGUUGAAGCUGAUAUGAGCAGAGUGGAGUGCAUUUUUUUUAGUCCUGAAAAGCUACCUGUCAUUUGAAAUGCUGAAGAGGAAAUUACGAUUUUGCCACAACUCACGCUUCAGGCUUUUCUUGGGUCUAACUCUUAUUUUAGUAAUUGUUUCGGUUUUGAAAGUUAACCAAAAACAAGACUUCUUAAAUCGGAGACACCUAGAGCUGACAAAAGAAGAUCCUAUUGGCAAUGUUAACUGCACCAAGAUUAUAGAGGGGGAUAUAGAAGAGAUUGAAAAGGUAAAGCUUGAGACAUUGUCAGUGUCAUUUAAGAAACGCCCCAGACUAACAACAACUGAUUAUAUUAACAUGACAGCAGACUGUGCCUCCUUCACCAAGACUAGGAAAUACAUUAUGGAACCUCUCAGCAAUGAAGAAGCAGAAUUUCCAAUUGCUUACUCAAUAGUGGUUUAUCACAAAAUUGAAAUGCUUGAUAGACUCCUAAGAUCAAUCUACGCCCCUCAGAAUUUUUACUGCAUUCAUGUUGACAAAAAGUCUCCAGAAUCUUUUUUUGCUGCUGUGCAGGGCAUAGUCUCAUGUUUCGAUAACGUCUUUAUUUCCAGCCAGUUAGAGAGUGUUGUAUAUGCUUCAUGGAGCCGGGUGCAGGCAGAUAUUAACUGCAUGAAAGAUCUCUACAGAAGAAGUUCAAACUGGAAAUAUCUAAUAAACCUCUGUGGCAUGGACUUUCCUAUAAAGACCAACCAGGAAAUGGUAGAGAAAUUAAAAGCCCUUAAAGGCGAAAACAGCUUGGAAACAGAAAAAAUGCCCGUUUAUAAAGAAGUAAGGUGGAAAAAACACCAUGAGGUUAUUGAUGGUAAAAUAAAGAACAUGGGCAUAGACAAACAACUACCACCUCUCAGUACUCCAAUUUUUUCUGGUAGUGCCUAUUUUGUAGUAAGCAGAAGAUUUGUAGAAUAUGUAUUAGAAAGCAACAAAAUACUUAAGUUUAUUGAGUGGGCAAAAGACACUUACAGCCCAGAUGAGUACCUGUGGGCAACAAUUCAGAGAAUUCCUGAAGUUCCAGGUGCAGUUUCUUCUAGUGACAAGUAUGAUGUUUCUGACAUGAAUGCACUGGCCAGGUUUGUCAAGUGGCAGUACUUUGAAGGUGACAUGUCCAAAGGUGCACCCUACCCGCCAUGCAGUGGAGUUCAUGUUCGCUCUGUCUGUGUUUUUGGGGUAGGAGACCUGAACUGGAUGCUACGAAACCACCACUUCUUUGCUAAUAAGUUUGACAUUGAUGUUGACCCUUUUGCAGUGAAAUGUCUGGAAGAGUAUUUGCGACACAAAGCUUUGUAUCUGCAAAAGAACUGAAAUACUGCAUAUUUGUGUUAACAAAAUAUAGGUACAUAUAGUAUACAGAUAUGUACUCUUUUUUUUAAGAUGUAACACCAGUCAUGGUGAUGUUGAUGAUGUGUAAUGGUUCUCAACAUUUUAGCAUUGUGAUGAUGAUGCCCUCCCUGCCUUGUUUAUGGACAAGGGGGAGAGAAGACAGCUCUCAAGUGAAGAUGGGGAUGCCUUGUGUGACACACUGAAGCUUGGAACUUUGGGUGCAAAAUUGAAGACAGCAAUUUUUCAAGGCCAACUAUUUGGAAUAUUUAUUAUCUAAAAAGUGGAAUGGACUUCCUUUGGCUAAAUUAUUUGUUUUAAGGCUUGGAAAAUGCAUGUUGUUCAUGGUUAUUCCUCUUUUUUUUUUUUUCCCCAUGAAUAUAAUGCUAGCUGGAAGGAAAAGAUAAGGGGGGUCAGGGGUCGGUGGAGGGAGGAAAGAAGCAGCUGGACUGCACAGACUUCCUACAGAGUACUGAAAGAUCUCAGGAAAAUAACAUUAGAAAUGAUCUGAAAACUCUACAAAAGGGAAUUUACCAAAGCCAGCUGUCAUCAUUUAACUUAAAUCUGACUGCUGUAGUUCUGUAAUACGUAAUUCUUAAUCCUCCUGAAUAUUUCAUCUUCAGCAUGGAGUAUUAAGGACUUGUGUUUAAAUUUUUGUAGCCAAAUCUUGGUUUUGUACUCUUAAACCCCUCUGAUAAUGUGAUAUAAAGUUUAUACACUAGUUUGUAAUUAUGUCUUCUCAGGGAAACUUCAGUUUUGUGCCUGAUGAGGGUUAGACUUGUAAUGUUACACUUUUUACUGUAUCAGAAGUCUUGCUUUUGGAUCCAAAAUGACUCAAGUUUCUCAAAAACUUGAGAGAACUGCAGUAGUGUCUAAAUGUCACUGAUGGAACUGAUGGUUUCUGCUUUCUGUCAAGCUGCUCAAUUUGCAUUCCAGAUUCGUUUAACAUUGAGUAUGCAAAAAUAAAGUUAUUUUUCUAAAUGAUAUCACCUCUUCCUACAAUUAAAGUCCUUCUAAAAGCACCACCAAAAAGUCCUAAUGAUGAAGUCCUAAAGUGUUUUUACUGUAGGUUGCCAUACCCAUCUGAAGCUGCAGCUAAGUCCUACCCUUCCUUCAUAUGUUCAUGUGUCUAUGCUUGUUUAGGUUUAGCUGGUGCAGCUGACUUUUAUUUAUUUGCU